GAAAGGGGCACGGGGUGAUUGGAUUCUAUAAAUCCACAGCACGAACAUAACAAAGAUGCUGAUUUCCUCGCUAUUGUUUGAUCACACGGAGUUGCUGCGGUGGUAAGAAGAUUACAAGAUCGAUCAUAUCUACAAGGAAGCCGAUCAAAGUGCGGACCAGAAAAGAUGGAGAUUGAAAAAUCUAGUGACAUCGUCAUUGUUUAUCAUGUUCCUGAUGAUGUUGAAACUAUGUUAUUAGCUGAUAAAGAUAGAGGCCAUGAUGUCUUCUAGACUUUGUGCCGUGGAUUAGUCCCCAAGUGAACGCCUUCUUUUCAACAGAAAAAGAAAGAAACUGCUUGGUACAACGAAUAACACCGUUUAUCAUUCCAAGAAGCUGCCGUGCCAGUCUUCAAGGUGCUUCUGCUUUGGAGCGGGUAUUGCGCCCAACAUUCUGCGCUUCCCAACGCCUCACGGUAAAGCGACGGCAAUAAGUUCUUUUUCCCGCACGGGGAGGGAGGGAGAGAAAGAGUGUGUUGCGGGGGCCCAAGGACAACUCCACAAAGACUUCCCAUUCUGAUGCAACCUCUCGAUUUUUCCUCAGCUGUCCACAUCACUGCUGGCCUUUUGGCCGACCCAACUUCAAUGUUGUCCCGGACUUCCCUUCUUCCUCCCAGACACACUUCCCUUUCACCGUCACCCUUUCGCUCUACCCCUUACAAAUACUUCUCCAUUUCGCUUUGAGCCACCGAAUAUGUGCCCCUUUCAGCCCCCACGUUAUCACCAUUUCAUAAAUCUCGCAGUUUUUCCUUUCGUCUUUUUCAUGUUUGGGGGGUUCAUCAGAUAUCUCUGAGAUAUGGAUAUUCAACUAGGUCUAGCUCUCCCAAUUCAUGACCACCCUGCCAAAGGGUCCGAACCAAAAGAUCAUGAAGGCUCGUACAAGAAGUGGUUCAACAAGAAAAGGUGUCAUGGAGAGGCAUUUGGAGAACACUCCUCAGGGAAAUCGCAGUUGUUGGCGUGGAGCAGUGGCCCGAAUGAGGAAGAUGACCCGAAUGCGAGGCGCGGCAAGUUUUCUUGUUCUAUAAACCAGUUUAGGUAUAGUGAAGGAGCUGAUGACAAUGAUCGGGUCGUGGGGUGGCCACCCAUCAAGUCCUGGAGGAAGAAGUUCAUGCAUGGACAGCGUCCACCGCGCCGAGAUCUUCACGAGAAUGUCCGGCAGGCCUAACCUGCGCAGGUCAUGUGGGAGACAGCGGCGUAAGCGUCUCUCUUGAUCACGGCUGAUCCCACGAACAGCUUGUCGUGGAGCUUGAGGAGCCUCUCCCUCUCCUCGUUGUGCGGAGGAUCCGAAACCGGCAGCACUUGAUUCUUCGAUAAAUUCGACGCCAUUGCUGACCCUCCUCUCUCUCUCUCUCUCUCUCUCUCUCUCUCUCUCUCUCUCUCUCUCGCUCCAGGUUGCGCAGAGGUUCUUGGAGAAGUCAGUCAACGCACAGAGAAAAAGUAAGCAGCGCGUGUCUGAGGGAAGCGACGUCGAAGGCGGGUCGAAUUUGGAUAUUUGGAGAUGUUGUCAAGCUUCUACCUUCUCUUGUUUUUUUGUUUGGUUGACGCGAAAGUUUCAAUGUUGAAAAUGUAAUGCAAAACGGUUUUUAAGGAAGAAAUAAAAGGGACAAUAGCACAAGUUGUCCCGAACUCUAGUUCAAUGUGCAAA